AACACGAUAAGAAUUUUUAGAUAAUUACUAAGAACGAGUUUAAUCAUGUCAGUACGAUCUGUUUUUAAUUUAUCAAAUAUAUCUACUUGUUUAUUUUUCGCAUGUCUUUCUGGUGAUGCAUGUAUACUUUUUUUUUUUUUUUUUAAGUCAGAUGGAGAGAAAAAGAGUAUCUUUCUCUGGUAAAUGACGUGUUGUAGAGGGGAAGGAAGGGAAGCUCAGAUCACUUGCUACUGCUGAUCUGUAGGUUCACUAUCACCUCAGACUGCUGUGUUGACUGGAACACAGCUGCAGUGGAGAGACUGGGGGGAAGGGACUUGACUGUCAGUUGGUAGUGGUGAAUGUGACCGUAUUAACGCAGACUUGGGGAGGGUGCUGAACUCUGAGGCGCUGGUGGUUAACCUAACUAACAGAAAUUAGAACAAAGACUACAGAGUUUUAGGGAAGGAUAACCUAACAGAAAUUAGAACAAAGACUACAGCGUUUUACUAGAGGAUAACCUAACAGAAAUUAGAACAAAGACUACAGCGUUUUACUAGAGGAUAACCUAACAGAAAUUAGAACAAAGACUACAGCGUUUUACUAGAGGAUAACCUAACAGAAAUUAGAACAAAGACUACAGAGUUUUACUAGAGGAUAACCUAACAGAAAUUCGAACAAAGACUACAGAGUUUUACUAGAGGAUAACCUAACAGAAAUUAGAACAAAGACUAGUGUUUUACUAGAGGAUAACCUAACAGAAAUUAGAACAAAGACUACAGCCUUUUACUAGAGGAUAACCUAACAGAAAUUAGAACAAAGACUACAGUGUUUUAGGGAAGGAUAACCUAACAGAAAUUAGAACAAAGACUACAGCGUUUUACUAGAGGAUAACCUAACAGAAAUUAGAACAAAGACUACAGAGUUUUACUAGAGGAUAACCUAACAGAAAUUCGAACAAAGACUACAGAGUUUUACUAGAGGAUAACCUAACAGAAAUUAGAACAAAGACUAGUGUUUUACUAGAGGAUAACCUAACAGAAAUUAGAACAAAGACUACAGCGUUUUACUAGAGGAUAACCUAACAGAAAUUAGAACAAAGACUACAGAGUUUUACUAGAGGAUAACCUAACAGAAAUUAGAACAAAGACUACAGUGUUUUACUAGAGGAUAACCUAACAGAAAUUAGAACAAAGACUACAGCGUUUUACUAGAGGAUAACCUAACAGAAAUUAGAACAAAGACUACAGAGUUUUACUAGAGGAUAACCUAACAGAAAUUAGAACAAAGACUACAGCGUUUUACUAGAGGAUAACCUAACAGAAAUUAGAACAAAGACUACAGCAUUUUAGGGAAGGAUAACCUAACAGAAAUUAGAACAAAGACUACAGAGUUUUAGGGAAGGAUAACCUAACAGAAAUUAGAACAAAGACUACAACGUUUUACUAGAGGAUAACCUAACAGAAAUUAGAACAAAGACUACAGAGUUUUAGGGAAGGAUAACCUAACAGAAAUUAGAACAAAGACUACAACGUUUUACUAGAGGAUAACCUAACAGACUUGAGAGAGGACGUAGGCUACACUCGGGUGAAGGUCAAGAACUGUUUGAUUGCCUCACACAGAGGGAGAGGAUGGAGGUUGUUUUCAAGGAGGGGAUGCUCUACGUUAAGGGAAACAAGUUUGGAAAGAAAACGUGGAGGAAGACGUGGAUCGUUCUCUACCCCACUAGCAUUUUCGGCAUCGGUCGAGUCGAAUUCCACGACAUCCUUGACGGAGGCCACACAACCACCAAGUCCAAAUCCACCCAGUGUAGGAGGAUUGUUCAACUGUGUGACUGCCUCAGUGUUACCCUGGCCCCAGAGGAGAGAUGCGCUCCAGCACUACCUAACGAUGACUGUAGAGCGUUCGACCUGAACACCACACAAAGAAGAUACAUCCUGGCCUCAGAGAACUACCAUGACUGGGUUGGGGCUCUCUGCCAACUGGCCUUCCAGAAAGAGCCUGGACACGCAGAGACCAGAGAGAAGGAGAGAGGAGGUGGGAUGGGGAUACCCAUGGAGGAGAAUGAGCUGUAUGCUACCUGGAAGACAGCCCAAUACCAGGUGACAGUUAAGACCAAUGAGGCGUCGAAGAGAUGUCAGCUGACAGGAAAGUACCUCUUGCCAGAGCAGGACGCCAUAUUGCUCCAGGACCUCCAGACUGGUGUUACCGUCCACUGCUGGCCCUACCUGCUACGGCGCUUGGACAGGUCAAG